GGCCAGGGGUUCAGGGGCUGCUAAAACAAUAAAUUUCCCUUGAUUGUGAUCUCGAAGUAAAAAAAAUAACAUAAAAUCAAACUUAGCAACUGCCAAAAGUCAUGAAUGAUAACAAGCCUCAAAUCGACAAUAUGUCAGCAUCAAAUCAAACUCUCCGAAGAAUAGCACAAACAGCUGGACAUCUUAGUACCCCUCAAUCGAAUAAAAUGGCGACUCUGGGAGCAUGGAGCAAGAAGCAUAAGGUGACGGUGGUUGGAUCCGGUAACUGGGGCUGUACCAUUGCAAAAAUUGUAGCAGAGAAUACAAAACAACAUUCCGAUUUAUUCGAGGAGGAAGUUCAGAUGUGGGUUUAUGAGGAGGAAGUGACCAUACCAAAGGACUCAAAACAUUACGAUGCCUCCAACGAUUCACCUCAAAAGCUCACCUCGAUCAUCAACAAAUACCACGAGAAUGUGAAAUACCUGCCAAAUAUCCAACUCCCAACCAAUCUCAUUGCCAACCCUUCUGUCGAAGAUGCAGUUGCGAACUCUUCGAUUUUAAUUUUCAACCUUCCUCAUCAAUUUAUCGGUCGCAUCACAAAGCAGCUCCAAGGACACAUCCUACCAUUCGCGCGUGGAAUCUCUUGCAUAAAGGGUGUGAAUGUGACAGCCUCAGAGAUCAGUCUUUUCAGUGAAUGGAUCGGUGAAGGAUUGGGAAUAUACUGUGGAGCACUUUCAGGUGCUAACAUUGCCAAUGAGAUUGCAAUGGAGAAAUGGUGUGAAACCACGAUUGCAUAUGAUCCUCCUUCCAUGGACUCGCGUGCCACAACUCCAACUGGACCCUCCCCAUCCAGCUCCCAAGUCAAUCUCACCAUUACACCUGCAGAUGAAGAACAUAAAGAUGUCAAGGGAAGAGUCAGCAAGACAAAGUUGAAGGCCGUACCAUCGGAAUAUCCACCAAUGGAUCAUGCCCUGUUCAAGACACUAUUCCAUCGUCCCUACUUCCAUGUUCAGAUGGUUUCCGACGUAGCAGGUGUCUCUCUUGGCGGAGCCCUUAAGAACAUCGUUGCACUAGCUGCUGGUUUUGUUGAAGGACGUGGUUGGGGAGACAAUGCAAAGGCGGCUGUUAUGCGAGUGGGCCUUCUUGAAAUGGUUAAAUUCGGCAAGGAAUUCUUUGGAGAGACUGUUCACGGUGGUACUUUUACCGAACAAAGUGCUGGAGUUGCCGAUUUAAUUACAAGUUGCAGUGGAGGACGAAACUUCAGAUGUGCGAAGAUGGCAAUUGAAAGAGGAGUUACAGUCGAUGAGGUUGAGAAAACGGAAUUGAAUGGACAAAAGUUGCAAGGAACUAGUACUGCAAAAGAGGUCAAUGAGUUUCUGAAGUCUAGAGGAAAGGAAGGCGAAUACCCAUUAUUUACUGCUGUUAUUGAUAUUUUGGAGGGCAGAAACACUGUUGAUGACAUCCCGGACUUGUUGGCCAAGUCGGAUGAGUGAGGAUUACUAUAGCAAUACAUGGGACGGGCUUACGGUAAAGACUAGAUAGAAGACGCAAGUCUUUGAUUAGAAGGCUAGAGGAAUAUUAUGGCUGACAUCAAUUCUCUUUUCCUAUUCUUCCUCGGAGAUCAACCCUUGAGGUCCGUAAGCUUUCCUCCGGACCGACAAUUUAAACUUAUUUUUCGGA